AUGGAUCUGCCAACAUACGAGACAGCAGCGGCCUCGUCCUCGAGCGCAGUCAUCACACCGCAGGGACUACCCUCACAUUUCACUCGCACAAUUCAAGAUCUACGAACACAAAUCAUAGCAAACGCAUCCUGCUUCAAGCCAAAAUACAACAAUGACCGCGCCGCAACCGACCACCUGGAAAUCGUCGUCGCCAAAGCUCCAGCAACCAUGAGCAUUGCAGACGAGAAGGAAGCUGUACGUGCCGGCGCUCCUCAGAAUGUCGCUAUUCCUUUCUCGCAGGGUUCAAUGGCUGGUAAGCAUUAUGCUGUCCUUGUGAAGCGGAGCUCGAGUGAUAGGGAGGUGAGGAUUGUGAUCAAGGGCGAGCCGAGGGAUAGUGUUGAGCAGGCUUUGGAGUGGAUGCUGGACAGGACGGAGAUGGCAAUUCAUGAGCAUAUUCUCAGGUAUGGUAGGAACGAAAAGGAUGGAUGUUGUGUUAUGUGA